CCCCUCCCGAUAGCGCUUAUAAAUUACAUCAAAUUGGUUAUCCUUUCCAUAUCGUUCUUGAAAGGAGCCUUUACUGCAUUUUUAGUCAUAAUGUCAGGACGGGGAAAGCAAGCAGGUAAAACCCGCGCUAAAGCUAAGUCACGGUCGUCCCGCGCCGGCCUGCAGUUCCCAGUGGGUAGAGUGCACCGCCUCUUGCGCAAAGGCAACUAUGCCGAGCGGGUCGGGGCCGGCGCGCCAGUGUACCUGGCGGCGGUGCUGGAGUACCUGACGGCUGAAAUCCUGGAGCUGGCGGGCAACGCUGCCCGAGACAAUAAAAAAACCCGGAUUAUCCCUCGCCAUUUGCAACUAGCCGUAAGAAAUGACGAAGAGCUCAACAAGUUACUUGGGGGCGUUACCAUUGCCCAGGGCGGCGUCUUACCUAACAUCCAAGCUGUCUUAUUGCCCAAGAAAACGGAGAGCCAUAAACCCAGCAAAAAUAAGUAA